UUGAUUAGGGAUUGUAUAAAAAGUACAUCGUCGAACUGUGUAUUCGAGCGGAAAAGAAGUACAAAACUAAUUCUUUUUUAAAAAGAGCAUUAGGAGAUUUUUACUUUCAGCUAUACUUUAGCUUUUCACUAUAUUUUGGCGUUCCACUUUCAACUUUAUUUUUUCUGUGAUGUGAUAAGCCGCGUGCAAAACUAUCGAUAGUGCAGGGCUGCCAUCGAUGGCGGUGCGAUAGCGCCAAACAAUCGAUAGUGUCGAUAGUGCCAUCGAUAGCUCUCCACCUCUAGUUUAACAUUUAAUGCUUGGUUUUUGGUUAAUAUUUGAUUGCAUUGGCAUGCAUUCUAGCGGUCGUGCCUCCCUUGGACACCUCCCAGACGUCUUAAUAAGACAGCUUUGUGUACAAGGAACUCGGAUGAUUCGACACAUGUGGAUCGAAUUCCAGUAUGUAUAUGAAAGUUUCUGGAGCAUAUAUGUAGAUCUUUAAGAUCGUACUUUUUUGAAAAGGCAGAACAAUUGAAGCGUUUUUAUAUGCACUAGCUCGUUAUACAAAAAAUGACUACGCUUUUCUGAAAUCCCAGCCAACAUGUUCAGCCAACUUAUCAGCUCCCAAAUGCAUGAUCUUCAGGCAACUCUUGACCAACAAAAGAAAACCAACAGUCUACCUCAUAUAAGUCAAAAGGCAGCAGUGGAUGUCAAGCAGCACCGCCGUUCGACCAGUAACCUCAGCGACACAGGUAGCAAAUUUUUCUGCCAGCUUAGUUCCAAGUAUUCCAGCCAGUUAAUCGAUAAAUUCAUCCGGAGCGAGCUCCUUAACAGCUCCUACGAUUCCCUAAUAUGUCAGAAAGGGAACAGUAGUCAACUUUACUCAAAUCUUCAAGAAUCAGCCCGCGGAGGCUUUGACUGUCUCCACGGGAGUUAUCGCACCCAUGGCGAUGGCGAAAUCUACGAGGUGGUACAGGGCAAACAACCGGGCAGGAAAACUAGUUGCGAAGGACAAACACUUAGCAAGGCAAUUCGGCACCAGAACCUAAAGAAACUCAGUCCGCUGGAUUCGUUAAGCACUCACACCUCUGAUGACUAUCCAGCCAGAAAGCAAAGCAUGAACCCAGGCACGGACAACAAAUCUCAGUCGCUGAUGUGUAUGCAAAGCAGUGAGAGCGGAAGUGAAAAUAAAGUUCAGCAUAGUUCUUCUGGCUCGAGUUCCUCAUGCACUGUUAGCGGUGGCGGAGUGACAUUGAAGACGAUGCCUACAUCAGAGACAUUUCAGCGACGUCGACUACUUCAGAUGAUCUCCGCUUACGACUUGCAGAACAAGCGACUGCAGCGUGAGCUAGCUAAGGAGAAGAGACGCCGCACCGAGGAGCUGGCUUGCGUAGUUAAGUCGCUGAUAUUAUUUGAAGCUAAACUUAAGAACGACUUGAAGUCGGUCAACCAGAGGAUGCUGGACAGGGACGCCGAGAUUUGCCGUCUGACCCGACUAACCCGCACCUUGCGAAAGCGGCUUAAGGACCAACAGCGUGUUGAGGGCGUGAUUGACGAACAGUGGGUGGAUCACGGCAAGUGCCUAGUACUAAAGGAACUCCAAUGCAAUAAUUGUCGCAAGCAAUUCUAUGAUAUUGAUAUGAGCACGAAAAGAGAGGAAUUUUCCGUAUGCACCAAGGCUGAGCUGGACUCUUCUAGCGACGAUACACAUUCAUCGUCUUUCUGCGGCGUCAGACGCAGCGUGCGAUACACCAGCAAGCGCACGGCGGGCACUUUUCGGGACUAUAUGCGUUCACGGUCAAUGCAUAUUAAAAACCCAGCUUUGGAGCAACAUUCGGAGGAAAACACAAGUAGUGUUAGUCAUGAGGACUCGCAGACGAGCUACGAGCAGCUACAAAACUACGUGCGGGAUUUGGAGAGAAUUAACGAUGUUAAGCUGCCGCUAGAGAUUGACGAACAUAGCAAGCAAGGCAACAAGGAGCUAGAUCAAGGCAAACCACCAUGCAGUUCUCUGGUGACCUUUCAUCUGGAGGAGGAGGAUGAUUUAUUAUCUCCCACGCAGGGAGGGGACGACACCGACGACGAUCAAAAGAAAAAUACGAUCUCGCAAGGCAGCAUUAAAAUUUUUCAACGACGCUUUGCUGACUUUUCAGAAGCGUCCCCAAAACAGAUCUACGAGACGACUACCGAUGACUGGUACGCCAGCGCUUCGGACCAAGAGGAGUCGUCGACAUUAGCAGCUAAGCCCUACGGUCGUGGCGCAGUAAAUCCGGUAUUGGAAUGCGUUAACCAAAUCCUACUUCAGCAGUCCAUGGAAGAAACGAUGGUUGAUCUUGUGCCCAAGUCAGCCUUAGCAAGCAGAUACAUAUCGAACGCCAAUUUGCCACGAAGAAGCUCCUUGGGGAGACGGCCCGUUUCAAAUGGACGUAAGCGAGUGCACUUUUCCACUAAAAACAGCAUGGUACAUGUUCCACUCCUCAACGACCAAGAGGCGCAAGUGCGUCGCCAGAUUCAUAUCUCAAGCUACCGUUCUAUGACCACCGAUGGAAAGAACGAUGCCCUUAACUAUGGAAGUAUUUACAGCAACGAGUAUGAGCCUAUUGGCUCGGAGCGCGCAUCUAAUUUCUAUGUGGAUAUGGCAGCCACAUUCACCACAAAUAGCAGAGAAAAGACAGCCGGUUCGGGCAUUUCAAAAACAUGUCUGAAGUUGCCGCCAGCUCUGCCGCCGAAACCAGCAAACCUAUUAAAAUUUCAAAAGUCGCCCCAGCUUUUUGGAAAAGGGCAGCAGAAGAACGAAAGCGAUUCCGGAGCUUCUAUCACAGCCUCCGAACCAGAUUACUGCUCCAUAUCCGAAGUGGGCAUAACCAGGAAUUGUGUCCAAAUCGUUGUUGAUGUGCACAAGGCGCAGGAAUCUAACUCACCUCCGGCAGUGGAGCAGGAGACAUAUGUCAAGGGACAGGCAACGCAAACGAAAAUAAAAACCAAUGGAAACCAUUCAGAUGAUAACCCUUCGGACAAGAUUGAUGAAAUUGAGGAGAUUUUGGCCGACAUACCAAAGUUACCCAAUGUGGCUGCUAUCAUUGCGCCCAAGCAGUCCGACUCGGAUACUCAGAUAAAACCCAAAGCCGCGUUACAGAUUCAGAGGCCGUUGCAAAUGACACAGCAUUCGCAAUCUCUUUCCCGGUCAACCAUGCAAUACAAACGAAAACAUGUGCCUUAUAUCUUAGCCGAGAUCAAAAAGCGCAUCAGCUUGCCUAACUCCCCAUCCACAAGCAAGAGCCUUUCCAACACCCCAGCAUCGAAGUCUGUGCCAAGGGCAAUGCCAGGUCCAUCCAGCGAGAUGUCUAUACAGGCGGAAUUUGAUUGGUAUAAUUUGGAUGCGGAGUACGAUCGCAGCCAUCCAGAAGUAAAAGAUCCCGAAAUGCCUGUCAAGGCUGAUGAAUACAACCUAGACGAGGCGUUCCAACAAGAAGAGUACUCGCAACUGGAUCAAAGAAUGGAGGAUAUUGCCAGUGCUCUUGGCAAGUCGCAUUUGGAACCCGCCAGGUCAAAGCAGAUGGUUUUGAACCUGGCCGACUUCGAAAAGUUUAUUGAUGGCUCAGGAUUAAGCACGAAACCCUUGUCGUAUAAACGGAAGACUUACCUUAAUGCACCAAUUGUUUGAUGGCAAUCCCUCAAGUAUAGAGUGAAUUUAAAUAUUAAGUUAACUUAUUGUCUUUUUUAUUUCUUAAGUCGUGCAAAAGUAUUCAACGACUUAAUAAAUAUUCAAUGUUAUUUUAUUUCGCUAGAAAAUGAUUUUAGAUCUAUGUGCCUUUGAAAGGCAGAAAAGUGUGUAAACAUUAUUAUUUUUCCUGCAAAAUUAUUGUAUGUUUGACUGUAAAGUAGUAAGUUGAU